CACUUCAGUUUCCGCUUGCAGACCAGUUGCUGCCUAUUGGUAAUUGGUAAUAUGUGAUUCAUGAAUCACAUAUUCAUGAAAACAAUUAUUGUUAAAGUCGGGUGCCUCAUUUCUUUUAAACUUGUUUUGGCUAUUUAUGUACGUCGAAUGCAGCUGAGUUGUGGUUCUAUAACUGUGUUCAACUACUCCUGAAACCAUGGCUUGGUUCAGUGCAAAUAAUAGUAAUAUUAGUUUGGAGAGCAGACAACCUGGGGAUCGGCCACGGGAUGAAAGCUUGGCACAAGUGGAAAUAGCUCUUCUGGCCACAAUCUUCAUCACUGCUGGGAUCCUUAACUUUGGCUUGUUGCUGGCGCUGUGGAAACGCAGGAAGCAGCUGUCGAGGAUGCGCGUCUUCGUUUUCCACCUGUGCGUCGCCGAUCUGGUGGUCACGUUCUUCCAAGUUUGUCCCCAACUCGUGUGGGACAUAACGGACAGAUUCGUGGGUCCCGACAUCGUGUGCCGCGCAGUGAAGUACCUGCAGGUCGUCGGUAUGUUUGCCUCUACUUACAUGAUAGUGGUGAUGACUAUAGACCGGUACCAGGCUAUCUGCAACCCCAUGGUGACUUUCCAGCGGCGCAGGGCGCGCUGGAACGGUCCGGUGUGCGCCGCCUGGUCCGUCUCCCUCCUCGGCAGCGUGCCGCAAGUCUUCAUCUUUUCUCGGGUUGAAAUCGCACCUGGUGUGUACGACUGCUGGGCAGACUUCGUCAAGCCGUGGGGGCUGAAAGCCUACGUCACCUGGACGACUCUUGUCAUAUUCGUCUUGCCCAUUAUCACCGUGAUUGUGUGCCAGGUGCGCAUCUGCCGCACCUUGCAGAUCAACUUUCACAUGAAGACGCAUCAGGUUGCAGAGGCGGUCAGCAAGCCGCUGUCCUCCAGGGCGAGCAGCGUGGCCGGCGUGUCCAAGGCGAGGGUGAAGACUGUGAAGAUGACCGUGGUCAUUGUGCUCGUCUACAUCAUCUGCUGGGCGCCUUUCUUCACCGUGCAGCUGUGGUCAGUCUGGGACGCCGAGGCGCCCACAGAGACUGCCACCUUCACCAUCCUGAUGCUGCUGGCCAGUCUGAACAGCUGUGCAAACCCAUGCAUCUAUCUGCUCUUCAGUGGGAAGCUGCCCAAGAGGCUGGUGGCCCUGAUGUGCAUCGACCAGCCGGAUCUGAAGGAGUCCAUCCAGGAAGACGCCACCAUGGUCAGCUCCCUGUACAUCAGCCUCAAGAGCCUGUCAGACUCCAGAUAAAAGCCCGAUACCCCUGAUGCUUUUGUCACAUCAAGACUCAGAUGGCCAGCUGAACAUGGCGUGAAAAUAUCUCUCCUUUAUUAAGAACUAUGGCAGCUUACUCCUACAGUAAGAUUUAGAGGGAUGCAACACAAAAAGCACAGCAAAGAUCAGCAUAUGAAUAUUAAAGUGCUGCCACACAAGAUUAAUAAAAUCCAUUAAGUGCAGUAAGGUCUGCAUAAGGCCACUAGCGAGUACCAAGCACACUUGUCCAUGUGGAAAUAUCAUAGUGAUAUAUUGGAGAUGUAAAAUACUAUAAAUAUGAGAGGUCGCUAUUAAUUCACAAUUGCACAGACGCAAUAUGCAAUAUGCAUCCCUGUGGGAAUAUUACAGAAGUAUUGACACAUUUUAUUUUUCAUUUGAGAGCAUAUGAUACAAGUGGCCAGCUGACGUCAAUUUCAGACAAUUAAACCACAAAUUGUGCUCUUUAUUUUAUUCACAGUGGUUACUGUGACUGUGAGAGAGAAGACAGGCAGGUCUAUAAAUAUGUAAAUAUGGACUAUAAUCAUGAAAUAGAGGAACCAUUACAAAAAGAGAAGAAAAAAGAAUAAAGGAUGGUAUGGUCACACUUUACUGGGAUAAUGUAAUGGUGAUACUCGGCUAUUUACUAAUUAUAGUGUAUCACAAAAAAGUCUGCUGAUUUUCAAGUGAGAUAUGUGUGAAACAUAGUCAAUACAUAUUCAGUGUCUGGGCUAUGGUUAGUUUUAGGAUUGUGAUUGGGAAUAGGUUGAUGUGAGUGUAGGGUUACAUAGCCUGGAGAUGCAGUAAAUAGGCAAGUGAACUUUGCUGAACAUUUAAUUUUUUGUCACAUGACAGCUGAGUAUGAACAUUAGAUAAUCCCAAUAAAGUAUUAAUUUGUUGUCACCACAUGUGAUAUGUUUGUCAGGGAGGGUCAAAGUAUUGUAAGUGUGAUUUGACAGGCACUGACUCAAAAUAGGGCAGGCCUGUAUGUGCUUGUUUGUCCUCUUAAGAUGAUUGUAGAUGUCAGUCUGUUUUACAUCUGUAGUGCCACCUGUUUGUUUGCAUGAUGUAGGAUCACAGCAGACAUCUACUGGCUGAAGGUUGAAGUAGUUUACAUCAGAAAACACCACAUUAGUCCUCUCUAUUCAGUUUCAGUUUGGACUAUCCAGAUAAAGUAUUGCCAUUUUUCACUUUUAACAGGAUGAUGAUCAGUUAUCCCUCAGUAAUCAGAGGAAGACAUACAGAGAGAGUGCGGGCUGUUGAUCAUAAUGUGAUGGGCGUGCAUUGUGCGUAACAUCAUGUGCAAUUAAAAUCCACCCUUCACAUAUUCAACAAUGAUCAUUUAGAAGCCCACAGAGAACCUGUUGAGGUAUAAUUAAAGAUGAGUCACUAAUCAUGGCGAUGUAGCUAAAAUCAUUCUGCUGUACAAAAUCCUGCAUGAAUUCAUUUGCAGAACACCAUUAUCAGCCAGAAGAAUCUAAAUGCACUUCUGUAGGAGUCGAUUGUUCAGAGGCACUUAGACAAAUUAAAUGAAGGAGUGGUUCCUGAA